AUGGCUGAGGAGAUGAAGGAAGGCUCUGCCAUGGAGCCAACGGAAGUCGAUACCAAAGAACAUCUCGCUGUCACGUCCCAUGGCACGGUUGUUGAUCACGGCCUUCACAGACAAUUGAAGUCGAGGCAUAUGCGGAUGAUAAGCCUCGGAGGAGUGAUUGGAGCAAGCAUCUGGUACGGUGUUGGGGUGUCGAUAGCCUCGUCUGGCCCGGUCGGAGCCCUGGUGUGCUUCAUCGUUAUCGGGAUCGACGUGUUCUUCGUCAUGCAGUCCAUCGGCGAGAUGUCUACACUCUACCCUUCGGCUGGUGCGUUCACCGAAUUGGCCGGCAUAUUCAUUGACGGGGCUGUCGCGGUUGCACUCGGAUGGAAUUAUUGGUAUUUGUGGGCCAUCAACCUUGCCGCAGAGUACAACCUCAUUGCCAUCGUACUCUCCUACUGGACCGACAAGGUCCCAGCUUACGCUUGGAUUCUCUUGUUCUGGGCUUUCUAUCAGGUCAUUGGCUUACUCGGCAUCAUCGUGUACGGAGAGGUCGAGUUCUGGCUUGCCACCAUCAAAAUAGUGACUGUCGGGAUCACCAUGUUGCUCAGCAUUCUUGUCAACACCGGGGCAAUGGGCGGCGACUACAUUGGCUUUCGCUAUUGGGCAGAACCUGGACCCGUCAUCAACGGCAUCAAUGGAUUCGGGCAGUCCUUCGUACUUGCGGCAGUGUACUACAGCGGCACUGAAUUGGUCGCUGUGACGGCUGGAGAGUCGAGGAGACCUUCAAAGGACGUCCCCUCUGCGAUCAAGCAAAGUCUUUUCAGAAUUAUCAUCAUCUACUGGGGACUGAUGUCCUUCGCCGGCAUCAGCGUGAGUGCUGUAGACGAAGACCUUUUGACGGCAGACAGCCGUGCUGGGUCCAGUCCAUUCGCGAUCAUGCUGGUAAGAGCGGGUUACUCGUGGGGCGGCCACUUGAUCAACGCCUUCAUCUUCUUCGCGACCUUCAGCGCUUCGAACAGCAGCAUUUAUCUUGCGUCACGGACAUUGAAAUCGUUGGCCGACCAGGGACGAGCUCCCCGAUUCUUCGGAAAAACACACCUUGGUGGUGUUCCUGUCUACGCAGCCGUCGCGAGCAACGCCGUCGGGCUCAUCGCCCUGACCACCAUUUCUGAAGGCGGUGGAAAAGUCUUCGGCUAUCUCGUCAACCUCAUCGGCGCAGGAGGUCUGAUUGUCUGGUCCGUAGUUGGCAUCACACACCUUCGCUUUCGGAGAGCAUGGCGCUUGCAAGGCCAUACACCAGAUGAACUUCCGUUCCAUGCCUUCCUGUAUCCGUAUGGGGCAUGGAUUGUUGCAAUCUUCAAUCCUUUCUUGGUCUUCAUACAAGGCUACGGCACGCUGAUCAACCCGCAACAUUGGGUCGAUUUUGUUAUUGCGUACAUCAUUCUCGUGCUGUUCUUUGUCAUCUGGGCCGGCUGGAAGAUUUGGCAUCGCACGAAGGUCGUCGACCUUGCUACGGUGGAUCUCCAAGAGGGAAGGAGGGAGGUGUUGGCGGCUGACGACGAUGAGGAGCAGCCGGGGUUAUUUCAGAGGACUGGGAACGCGCUCAGGGCUCGCUGGGGGACAUCUUAG